AUGAGAGAUAUUUGGGGAUUGAGGGGUCAUGUGUAUUACCUAAGAGUGGAGUUGCUGGACAACGUGUAUUUGGCGUUGCCGAAUAAGCCGUCGGAGGCCUCGUUGUUGUCGUACAUGAGCGGCAUGUGCAAGACGUUGUGGAAAACAAAGUACCGAGAUAUUGAUUUGAAGCCGCUCUCAGUGAGGCAGCCGACAGGGCUCAGUCGAGCAUGUAUGCCGCUUACUUUGACCUUGUCAGACUGGCUGUCACAAACAGCAAAGGCUUUGCCGGACAGUCGGAUGCAAAUGCCCCCUCAACUGAAAAAGGGACUAUGGUAUCGAAUGGCUGUCGAGUUGCUCGCUCUUCAGACCGAGGGAUUCAUAAGAGAAGCUAUUGUACUCAAACCCGGGUCAGGCCAGGGACCGGGACUCGGUCAGGGGCCCGGACUGGGCCAGGCACCGGGACUGGGCCACGGCUUCAUCACCCGGCAGCAGCUAGAGGACUGUGCAAUUGAGUUCCGGUACUUCUGCGUGGUCUUAUGGCUGUACACCUUCCGGUCGCGGCUGAGCCAGUCCCAAGUGAACAGCAACAAAGCGGCUAUACUCAACGCGGCCAAGAAUGAAAUGUCACCUCGGGCCACUCAACGGCCGCGGAGCAUCAGUGACGGGCUCAUCGAAGCCGUCAACGGCGCCAACGGCUUCAACAGUCCGGACAAACACUCAACGUCCCAAACUGAGGACACGGAUGAGCUAGCCCACGUGCUACGGGAAACCUUCAACGACAGUGUCUACACGCUGUUGUGCAUCAUUGGCUUCCACUUCGACGCUGCGCUGGACUACGUUAACCAAGGGUGCAAACAUCCUCCGGAAGAACCUGCAAUUGUAGCGCAGCAUUUGCGUUACCUGGCAUUGGUGUUGCAGCUGCGACACAAUAAGGAAGGGCGUCGGUCACCGGCCACGAGUACAGUAUUGGAGAAUCUGUUAUUCAAAGAGUGGAACACGCUCGUGAAGGACACAUCUACGGUGAUUUCGGUGAGCAAAUUCGGGGCAUUUCUCAGCAAAGGAUUGCCCUUGGCCAUUGCGUCCGUUGACGUGACCUCCUGCUCGGCGCUAAGUCGGCCCACACGGCCAACGCGGGCCCCCAUCUUCAAGCGCUACCGAGCCGCAUCCUGCGAACAUUUGCUCAUCUACGGAAAAAGACGGGAAGUGUUCUUCAUUCUUCCCCAAGUGGCUGCCAGCUCCGGCGACCUGAGCAUUGUCGAUUGUUUCUACUCGACAAUCGUGGCCAAUACAAAGUUCCGAUCCGUACACAUUUCCAAUUGUAACCGGUGCAUAGUCGUGCUCCCUGCGGUAGGGACUUCACUGAACAUUCUGCACUGUAUGAACACCACUGUUCACGCCGCAGCUGUUAGCAUCAUAAUCACCAACUGUUACGACACUGAGGUGUUCUACGCUGGCGUCAUUCCCCCUAUUGUCGCCGGGGACAGUCGGGACAUUGCACUAGGCCCGUACAACGUCAUGAUGAACGGACAAAGAGAAUUGAUGAGGCAAUGUGCAUUUGAGUAA